ACCCUCGAUCGAUGGCUACGCCAUCGCCGCACACGCGUCUAAUAAAAAGCAAGGGACAAGUCCUUCCUUGCUAACAACUCCUAUCAUUUUUCAUUGCUGGAGGGGUUGCCCCCCUACCUAAAAAUCCCGGCUCUGCCAUCGAGUACACUUAAUGACAUGAAUAACUUUGCAUGUCACUGUGAAAGAUCCCACCAAGAGACACUGGCAGAGCACCCCACUCGUAAGUGGAAGGUCGUGGUUUCAAAUCCUCAUCGGGCAUCGACUCACCCUAUCAUCUCUCGAACCGACUAAAUGAGUAACCCCCUUUGUAGGAAAGCGGCAGUGGAUAUCAUGUGACACGACAGCUUGUCGCCGUAGGAAUUGCCAUAGAUUAGCACUGCCAAGUGCUUGUUCAAGUACGUGGACACACACACUGGUAACCAGGAGCUGGCUUCACCCGCUAUAUCUAUUGACAUUAGCAUUGCACUGCAGGGGAGAAAUAUUACUUUGUUCACUGAUGAUGGGGAUCCCUCACCUCCGAUUAGCACGGUUGGCUACGUACGGUGCGAAAGAAGUUCAACAUGCAUACAUACACAUGAUGUUGUAUGUGUUUAUCACAAGACUUCAAGCAAAGAAAAACUUUAGGCUGACCCUGCCUUAUGAGUAAAACCAAUCAGUCCUACUUUGUGGAUCCCAAAUUAGACAUUUUAGAUUUUUGGAUAUUUCUAGUUCAAAAAGUAGUCGACUCGACUGCACUUAUGCCGAAUUUUAGCUUUCUGUCGCCUACAGCCCUUCUAGAAAAUCGUUACAAUUUAAAUCCCUCGAUCAGGAUCGUGCCUAUGUAGUUCUAUACAGAAACUUAAGAAUACUUGUAGUUAAAUUUCGAUUUAAAGCUUUCGUGACUGCCAGGGAUUCAUCUUCUCGGUUCUUUCCCUUCUACGUGACUUUACCAAAAGAACCAAGAAGAUGAAUGCUUGUAGUGUUUGAAUGGCAUGUCAGCCAUGCAUGCUUAAGCUCAGCAAGUGACACCAAAGAACAGACGUGGGCCCCCCCCCCCCCCCCCCGGUGCUGCGGGGCUGGUGAAGGCAGUGAUUGGGUUUCAGGGGAAGAGGGAGGCAGGGAAUGGAUCGUUCGUGCAGCUAAGGGCAACUUGUGGGGGCGGUGGGAGUGAGAGCGGGGGUCUGAACGCUGCACAAAAGCGCCGGUUCUAAUCGAGGCGGGAGCACAUGACUUGCCGUGUUCGCUUUGGUGGGCGAGAGCUUUUCUGCCAUCACUCCGCGCUCAAAAAAAAAACCCCCACACCAUCACCAGCAGCACAGCCCCGUUCGGCUGGAGGCCAGGUCCGGCAAAAGCUUCACUGCAGUGGACACCCACUCACCGGCGUUCACGAGAGAGUACAGCACCCUUGCAAAAAUCUCGCAGUUGUCCCCCAGACUUAGUUCUGACCAGACAAUCGAUGACAGUCUUGAGACCAUCACCCCUGGAGACAUGCGGCUUAGCUCCGAGGCCCCUCUCAUGCGCAAAGGACCAACGUCGUCUGCUCGCCCGCUCAGGUCCAGCUAUGCCACGACCGCUCCGUCAGCUACUGCCAGUGACACCUCCACGUGGAAGCAUCCCGACGACAGGACAGCUCACACGGGGCGUGACUUCGUGACGGUAGGAGGUGCCGCUCCGGUGGGCAGUCGCGGUUUAAACGGCUAUGGAGCACUGCCGGGACGAGGAUCGAGUGUGAACACAUCGGCUGUGACUAAGAGCCACAGGGAAAGUUUGGCCACGAGCGCCAUGGACAAGGGACACAAAUGUAAUCGACAAACUUUUUCGCCGAGAUUGGAAUCCCCAAUGGCCGGUGUCACGGCACUUACUGGGCAAAGAAAAUCCAACGGCGCUAUCCCAAACAGUGCCGGACCACAGCAAACACAACCGAGGUCUGGGAAAUUGAAAUAUGCCGACGACAAGCACGUGGAUAUGCUUCAUGCAGAGCCUCCGAGCUUGGUUAACUGCAACUCUGGCCUGAAGUCCGACAAACGCUUAGUGAUAUCGAAAAGCUUGGAUGACCGCAGUGGCAGCACAGCAGGUUUAGCUCGAAGUCUCAACAAAAUGAGCAGCGCCAAUGCUGGUGAUGCUGGCACAGUGGACAGCAUUCAUAGGCUAGCUCCUGAGGGCCCUAAAGGAUUAAGGAGUAAACCACCAGCUGCAUUUGGAUCAUCAUCCUCAUCGGCGUCAGCAGAAGCGGCAACAGCAGCUUCAAUAGGGCCGGAGAGCACAACAGUGGUGAAGGGACGUGGGUCGGUGAUUUAUGCAGGGCGCCUAUCGCAGCAAAGCCUCACGAAGAGGGUCAAUGUGAGGGCACUCGUGGGCAAGAUCGAAGAGGAUCUCAAGCGCCACUCUACUUCUGAGGUCGUUGAAAUUCACUCUCUCGACCAGCGCAAGGAUCAGCGUAGGCUCCUAGGCCAAGAAAGCACGCACGUGGCAGGAUGCGGCACCUCAGUGCCGCACAAAGACAAUAGGCCCUGCUUACCGGCAUCAGGUUCCAGAGGCUUGGAAAACAAACGGCAAGCCAAGGGCUUUGCGAAGACUUUGCCCGACUUUGAGCCAGCAGCACAGCACGGGGAACCUCCUGUGGAGGAGUCUGCGGCAGUUGUCCAGAACUCUCAAGAGCUGAACAGCGAGUCAUUGGACUGGCCUAUCUCACCUAUGAGUUCAGGUGAGGACCUGGUGGACAGUCCUCUUCUAAGGCCUGUGUAUCCAGAGGAAAUUGUGGUGGUCAACGAUGCACCCGCAGUUGGCAACGUGAGGAGCUUCCAGCUGAUGUCACCCUCGGAUCAGGAAGAGAGGGAGGAUGGAGAGGACUGCUUGGGGUCAGACGAAGAGAGAAACAGUGCCACUGCACAUGACCACGAAUCCAAAGAUACAGAAAAGACGAGCACGGAGCAGAAGCUUUUCUUCAUCGCCACAGAGCUCCUGACCACCGAGCGCAACUACGUGCAACGCCUGCAGCUUCUAGACAAGGCGUUCUACGCUCGCCUGUUGGAGGAGGCCAACCGAGGCUCGUUUCCGGUCGAGACCAUCAACCACAUCUUCUCAAACAUCUCCUCCAUCCACCUGUUUCAUAAGGAGUUCUUGCUGCCGCAGCUUGAAGGCCGCAUGGAGGCAUGGGAAGAGACGCCCAGGAUAGGAGACAUCCUGCAGAAGUUGGCGCCUUUCCUCAUGAUGUACGGCGAGUACGUCAGGUGCUUCGACCGCGCCAUGGAGCUCGUAGACACCUGGUCGCAGCGCUCGCCGCAAUUCAAGAAAAUCAUCACCGAAGUGCAGAUGCAGAAAGAGAGCGGCUGCCUGAGUCUGCAGCACCACAUGCUGGAGCCCGUGCAGAGGAUCCCACGAUACGAGCUGCUGCUCAAGGACUACCUGCGCAGGCUGCCACUCGACUCGCCCGACCGCGGGGAUGCCCAGAAGUCCCUCGACAUCAUCUCCACUGCAGCCAAUCACUCAAACGCUGCCAUCCGCAAGAUGGAAAAAGUGAAGAUACUGCUGGACAUAUACGAGAAGCUGGAUGGAGAGGUGGACAUCGUUAACCCCAGCAAUGAACUGCUUAAAGAGGGCCCCAUUCUAAAGCUGUCUGCCCGCAACGGAGCCCAGCAAGAGAGAUACCUGUUCUUGUUCAAUAGCAUGCUGCUGUACUGCGCGCCCAAGAUCAGGCUGAUGGGACAGAAAUUCAGCGUCCGCUCCAGAAUUGAUGUCAUGGGCAUGAAGGUUACCGACAUAAAACGGCAUGAGGCGGUCCCCGUAUUCCAAGUGUGCGGCACACAGAGGGCCCUGGAGCUGCGGGCGAGGAGCGAGAAAGAAAAACAGGAAUGGAUUGAGGCCAUCGAGAAAGCCAUUGUGACUUACAAUGAAAAGCUGGAAACAUUCAAUUGCUUCAGGAAGGACAGCACACAGGAGGAUGACCUACCGGUCGGCCAACUGGGUAAGCGGGCACCCGUGUGGAUUCGCGACGCCAACGUGACCAUGUGCAUGCGCUGUGGGGAACUCUUCCACCCCAUCACGCGCCGCCGUCACCACUGCCGCGCCUGUGGCUACGUGGUGUGUUGGAAAUGCUCCGACUUCAAGAUUGAGCUGGAGUACGAGCCUGGGAAAUUCAACCGCGUGUGCGUCGAGUGUAACCACAUCCUGUCCGCACGGGGGAACCGGUGCGAGGUGGACACCCCCAAGGAGAAGAGCAAGAAUGUCCUGGAGCGCCAAGGAGCCGAGAUGUCAGACAACAGCAUCAUGCGCAGCUUCCUGAACUACACGGAGAGCAGCGGACGUGGAUGGAAGAGAGCCUGGUUUGUCAUCCCCACGAGCGAACCCCUCGUCCUCUACCUGUACAAAGCCCCGCAGGAUGUGAAGGCGCAAGCCACAUUCCCGCUGCCGGGGUACGAGGUGCGCCCCGUGGAUCCGGCGGACAACAUCGAGGCGCAGCACGCGUUUAAGAUGGUGCAGUCGCGCCGCACCCUCUACUUUGCCGCCGAGAGCCAGAAGUUGAUGCGGCAUUGGUUGCAGGUUCUCAUCCCGGCUGUACUCGGCAAGGAAACGCUGCUGAGCCCCACAUCCUGCCUGUCCCCGAUCGGUGACGGCAACUUGCAAGCGCUGGACACCGUAGACGCCACCGACUGCCUCUCGCCGGGGCCUCUUUCCCCAGAGCCCCUUUCUCCGUGGCCCCUUUCUGCGGGGCCUCUUUCGCCUUCCUGGGACUCUCCUGGCCUGCAGCACCCUCCUCCCUUCGUUUCUGGGGACUCUGUCGACUCGGUGGACUCCAGCUUGCCCGAUGACGCACUUUUGGCCGAUGCACAGGACGAUUACGACUCGCCCGCUACCGUCUUGUGCGUGUAGAUUUUGGCGGAAAUGUUUCACACACCGCAUUUAUGGCGUGGGAUAGUCGCCUCCACUGCAAACACGUGCGAUUACUACUGCCGCAAUGGAUUUUCUGUCUGUGCUGUACGGCUAUCGAACGUGCUUUCGAGUUGUGCCGUGUGUUGUUCGGCACGAUGUCUGACAUUUCGCUGCAUGUGCUGGGAGCUUCAAUUAAUUUCCCGAGGAAGCUACCAGCACAGGGAAGCAACAUGGCAGACAUCUCUUCGAACAACACACGGCACACCCAGAAAACAUGUCCGAGAGUUGCAUGCUUUGUUUUCAUUUUACUCCGAGAAUGUUUUUUUUUUUGCUUCGGGGUUCGCUGGUGGAGAGGAAGGUGGCGUCACAGAUUGUGGUGCCAGAAGUGAAUGGUGAUAGAUUGUUGUUGUGCGUCAAUGCCUACGUAUGUAUGCAACUGAGGGUCAAUGUAUAUAUGUUGAACUUUUUUCGCACCGUACGUAUCCAACCGUGCUAAUCGGAGGUGCGACCGGCUUAUAAUUGUACUGUACAUUGGGUGCAAGUGCUGUUAGCAAGCACCUAGUAAGGCCGGCACAGUAGAGAGCCUUGCUGUGUGCAUGCAGGUAUAUGCACAUGUACACACAUUCGGAACACACCAAAAAAUAUUGUUAUAGUAACGAGGCUUGGCACUUUGCAUUGACAGCAUCAUAAUUGUGCUUAAUUAUCAGUAUGAGCUUAAGUGAUCUAUAAUUCCUUUCCUCAUUAGUGAAAUGCAAUGGUCAUGAUCGACAGCCAAAUGGCUUCUGCUUUAUGUAACCCACAGCACAUUCAGCAGUCAAUGAUCCAUGUAAAUACGAUUAUGUUAACAUAUACACGUGGCUUAACAGGUAACGCAGCUGGUUCUAAGGAUCCUCAUUUUCUUUCAGUCUUUGAAUACUGAUACUGUUAAUGCUGUAAAGCACAAUUAUUUAAACGUUUUACUGAGAGUAGUAAUGAGUAUUUUUUUGGUUGUAAAAGCCUUAUUUUAAAUAUUGUAAACCAUUUUAUAUUGCUGUAUUGUUCUAUCGGUAGCUGGAGUGCAGCUUGGGUAAGGGUGUCAAGUAUUGGGCAUGGGUGCCUUGUAAUCUUAGCAGCAAAGGUAAUGUACAUAUAGCAUCUCCAAACAACGUUGCUUAAUGCCUCCUGUAAUUAGCUGUGGACGCAAAUCUGCACUUCGUGUAAUUUAUGUGCUUUGAGGGCAACAAUAAAAUCUUAUUCUCAAUUGCGCACA